UACACUCUGGUGAGUGAAACUCCGCUGCCUGGAUUUGUUUUUGUCUGCGUUUUUCUGUGGACUCCCUAUAUACACCACACACAUACACACCUUAAAAUGAAUGUCGCUCGGGAAGCAUUGUCCAAAUUGACACCAAAGCCCUCUGUAUUCUCAAAAGGCGGCAAAAAUCUUUAUGAAGUUUUAAGUGUGCUUCCGGAAUUUGGUGUUGGAAGUCGCGUGACACCAACUAAAAUCGCCAACAACCCAACUUUAAACGAAAGCUUUUAUGAAGUGACCAAAGUCCAUUUGAAACCUGGAUUGAAGCACGGCCGCGCAUGGGGCGUUCAAGUCCUGAAAGGUCGAACGAUGGAAAACGGCAAACCAGUAGAGAUUAGAGGAGGAUUAAAGUAUAAAUGGAAACUCUAUGCAUAAAAUAAAAUAAGGGGAUUGCAGAAAAGGAAUC